AUGAACGCAGCCAAGUCCGGCGGCCGCAUGGUCGCGCGCCGGCACGGCGGCGCGAUCCCCUGCCGCGGCGUCGCCUCCGCCACCCCCGCGAUGCCUCAGCACAUCUCCCACUACCUCGCGCACAACCCAACAGUGACCUGGGAGGCGCUUUCCGCCUCGUUCCCCUCCGCCGCCGCCGCGGCGCCCGACGGGUACGUCGACGCCGUGCUCCUCUCCCUCGCCAGGAACCCCAGCUCCACCUCCUCCGCCGAGACCAUCGCCAAGAACGCGCACAGCUUCUUCCACUGGUCCGCCGCCACUUCGCCAUCCCCCCACUCGCUCCGCUCCUACUGCCUCCUGGUCCACCUCCUCUCCCGCGCGGCGCUCAUCCGGCACGCCUCCGUCCUCCUCCAGUCCGCCAUCACCAGGCACUCCCCCUCGCCCGCUUCCCAUUUCCUGGACGCCUUCUUCGCGGCCUACGAGGACAGCGGCACCGCCGCCACGACCCGCGGCCUCCACCUCCUGGUGCACGCCUACGCGGAGCUCCGCCUCCCGGAGGAAGCCAUCUCGGCCUGCCGCUACCUUUCCCGCCGCGGCGUGACCCCCUCCCUCUCCGCCUUCAACGCCGCGCUGCACGCGGGGCAGCGCACCGGCCGGUUCAGGGUCGCCUGGGAGGUGUUCGAGCUAAUGACGCUCAAGCGGGUGUACGCCAACCAGGCCACCGUCGAGCUUGUCAUCGGCGUGCUGAGCCGGGAAGGCGCUCUCGCCAGGACGGCAGCCCUCGUGGAGAGGGUCCACGGCAAGAAGUGCUCGCCGGGCGUCGUGGCGCACGUCGCCCUGGCGCUGUGGAUCUGCGAGGAGGGGAGGACCGAUCAGGGGAUCUUGCUGCUCAGGAGGAUGCUGCAGAGGAACAUUGUGUUUGACGACAUUGCCUACUCGCUGAUCGUGCAUGCUUAUUGCCACAUUGGUGAGCUGAAGUCAGCACACGAGCAAUGGGACGACAUGGUCCGCCGAGGCUGCCACCCGAACGCGUUCGUGUAUACCUGCCUCAUCGGAGCGCAUUGCCGCCGCGAAGGCGGUGUCAGUGAGGCUAUACAGUUGCUGCAAGAAAUGCUGUCAAAGAAGCUCAAGCCAUAUGAUGCUACAUACAGUCACCUCAUCACUGGCUGUUUUAGACAGGGGAGGGCAGAGGAGGGCUCGCAGUACUUUGACAAGAUGCUCCAUGAAGGCCUUGUCCCGGACAUUGGCACUUGCAAUGAGAUCCUAGAGGCGCUCUGCUGCGCAGGAGAGGUCAGCAAGGCGAGCGAGUUGGUAACGGCAAUGAUCGACAAAGGCAUUGUUCCUGGCCAGGAUACAUACUGUAGGCUCAUUGAUGGAUACAGCAAGGUUGGUGAUGCCCAAGGUGUUGUCAAGAUUUAUUAUGAGAUGGAGCACAGGGGACUUACCAGUUGCACUGAAGUUUUUACCUGCCUUAUCAGGGGGCUCUGCCAAUGUGGGAAUCCGAAGGAAGCUGAGAAGUUCCUCUCUGUGAUGGAAAGGAAAUCGCUGGUUCCGACUAGUGACAUGCAUGAUACACUGAUCAGCAGUUACUGUGAGAAGGGUAACACUAAGAGGGCACUUCGGUUAUAUGACACGAUGAUCACACGGAAGGCGACGCUAAUCCCCUCUGCGGAUACUUUUAUGACGUUAGUGAGAAGAGUCAUCAAAGUAAAGGCUAACUGUUCCCUCUGAUACCUAAUCUCGCAGUCAGAUUUGUUGUGGUUGAUGGAAGAAAAGCUGAAAGGGAUUCUGCAGGAUAGGCAAAAAUACAGAAAAAGAGCAAGACGCGCUCUCUGAGAAUUGCUGGGUUCAGGACAUUUCUUACAAACUAACUCCUGCUCAAUUCCUUCCUGCGAUUGUGGCGGUUGAAUAAUUUGGCUAAUGUGAUUCUAGACCCUGCAGUGGACAACCGUAUCACUUGGAGGUUCUCUGCAACCGGGAUGUACACGGCCAGAUAUUCGUACAAGAUGCAAUUCCAGGGGUGAAUUAGAACCAAUUUCAAGCCUCCGAUUUUGGAAGAUCUGGCUUCUGACAACUGCAAGUUCUUCGCCUGGCUCCUUCGUCUUAAACGUCUGUGGUGCGUGGACCGCCUGAUGCGUCGUGGCUGGCCAAAUGCCUGCUUCCACCCUUUCAGCAUCUGGGAGCUCGAAACUGCUGACCAUCUUUUUGUUGGCUGCUCGUUUGCACUCGCUGGCGCCUCCCAACUGGCCUCCUGGGCAGCGCAUUGAGGAUGUUUGGAGUCACAUCGUUAAGACGUCUGAUCCAUCUGUGCAUAAUGGUAUGAAUUUCUGUUGGUUCUAGCUCUCUGUGAGCUGUGGUUGGAGAGAAAUCGUCGAGUUUUCAAGUACCAGCAGAUGUCAAUAAAAAAAUAGUCUGGGGGCGCUUCGGUCGAAGCUGGCGGGGCCAAAGUGCCUAGAGAUACCGUACUUUGUAAUC